CUCGGUUCGGCUUUCCGCUUAGAAAUCCUGCGCUUCUCAUCUUUCGAUCAACGGACUGACGCAACCACCACAUUCUUUCCACACACGCACUGUGCAGUUCGUUUCCUUCGUGUGCUUCGCCAGCAACAUGUUCCGGCCUGCAUCGCGCUUGGUUGCGCGGCAAUCGGCGGUGCGCGCUUUCCCGCGCACUUUGGCACCGUCGCGACGACUUCUUAGCACAGCUCCGCCCGCCGAAAAGUCGAGGAGUUGGAAAAGCCUGGCGGCACGCUUGGGCAUUGCAGGCGCCCUGAUAUACUCGUACAACAGCACCGAUUUGUUUGCCGAAGAACCCAGAGUCAUCCCGGUCAUUCCCGAGACGGACAACGAAACUGAAAUACUCCCAACCAUUGAUGCCAUCGCGGAGGAGCGAAGGAGGCGGAAGGCGGAGGCCGCUGAAGCAGCGGCUGCUGCUGCUGCCGAGAAAGAGAAGGCAACUCAAACGCACGAAGAGACGGCUGCAUCAGGCAGCGUCGAGGAACUAGAGGAGGAAGCCGAACAGCAAGGCGCGUUCAAUCCGGAGACUGGAGAGAUCAAUUGGGAUUGCCCUUGUCUAGGGGGCAUGGCUCAUGGACCUUGCGGCGAGGAAUUCAAGGCUGCGUUCAGCUGCUUCGUAUACUCAACAGAGGAGCCCAAGGGCAUGGACUGCGUGGAGAAGUUCAAGGACAUGCAGAACUGCUUCAGACAGUACCCCGAAAUCUACGGCUCAGAGCUGGACACGGACGAGAAUGACGACGUGACUGCGGACGAAGCGCAGCUCCCUGCACCUGACUCGGAAAACCCUAGUCCCGAACUGGCCUCGGUAUCAUCGACCGGCGACAGCGAGUCUAGGGAGCAGAGAGCCCUGGCAGCGACUGAGCAGGUCAAGCAAGACUAUGGCGACUCGGAUAAGCACUACACUGGACCGGCCACAAAGAAUCCGCAGGAGCCUCGUUCCGAGAGCGCCACUGAGCCAGUCAGUCCUCCGCCAGCAGAGGCAAAGAAGGAGCAGAAGGCAGUGAGCGAGAGCAACGAGGUGAUUCCCAAGGCCUGGCAUGACGAGAGGGACGCGAAUGUCGAGAUGCAGAAGAAGGAAAAGAAGGCAACGAAGUGAGAAAAACCAAUGGCAAAAGAGUCAAUGUACGAUUAGCAUUGUAUUGUAUGGAUGGCAUUUUGGAGGCGCGUACUGUACGAAGACGGCAUAGCAUUUCCGGCGUUGACAUCUCUGCCAUGUCCAGAAACGCACCCUACAUAGCAUGUUGCUUACUGUGUCCACAGACACACACAGUAAAUCAAGAAAAACAAAAAAAGUACUAAACACCAUCACCCUCUCCC